GCUCAGUGAAGGAUUGUUCGUGCUAGUGAACGGUACAUGUCAUGGCACGGCGCUCGAAAUCAUUUCCAGAGAUGACUCUCACGCUGUGUGACGAUUGACGGGACUUCAGUUAAGCGUGUGAGCGGUGAUAUUCUUGGCUAUGGCUACAGACGAGGAAAGUGUCGAGCCGCGGGGCGACACAGUCUGGAGUGUAUUUUUGGACAUACUGUGGUGGAUGCCAGAAAUGCUAGCUAGCUCAGUAGAACAUUGGACAUGGUGGUUGCGGGGCGGUGGUUCAUCCGACACAAUGGACACCCUCAACACGUUGCUUCUAGGCUGGCUCUUCUCGGCCAUUCUUAUAUUAGGUCUUCUCAAGCUUUUGUACGAUAAAUUUUUGCGCGGUGACGAAGAUGAGGUUUAUAUCGAUGACGUAACUAAAGCGGCAGCUGUUUCUUCUACUGACGAAGUAAGAACAGAAACUAGUCCUCAGCAACAACAGCAGCAGGAAGAACGUAGGGUGCCCACUAUUGUACCUGCUGUAUCAGCAUUACCUGCUGGUUCAGCUGGAGCAGCUGCUGGUCAGGACGCCGAUGCUGUACGCUGGAUAAACACAGUCAUGGCUUGGCUUUAUAGAGGACCUCAUUCGGCCAUAGCUGGACCCUACCUAUCGCUGCUCAAUGACAUGACCGCACGGACUGCGCUUGAGACUGGGGUGCUUAUCGAGGUGGUGGAGUUGCUGCCGGCCACCCCGUCCCCGGUGCUGCGGAACAUCGUUGUCGACUGCGCGGCUGACGACUCCAUGAGCGUGACGUGCGACUGCGAGACGAGCUUGUUCCUGCGCGUUCAGACGACACGCACCCACCGCGACGUGACCACCGAGAGCGAGUACGCCGCCGCAGUCCAGCCAAUGAGAGGCCGCCUCAACGCCGCUAUCCUGCCCCACGCCUGUAAAACUGUCAUCAAGUUUGAUGGCUGGCCUGAGGUGAAUAUUGAGCUGGAAGGUAUCCGCAACAACGAGAAAGGACUUGGCGAAAAGGAGCUGCAAGAAGUCAUCAAGGAGGUCUUGAGCAGCGCGAUCAGAAGUAUGGACCUGGAAGUGGAUUUAUCGACAGACGCGAGUUUUCCGCGUUUCAAGCGAGGCAGGGAACUACCCGACACAGUGGUACCGGUGGGCUACGAUUCGAUGGUACGUGAGCACCAGACGCACCCACCCGUCCUUAAGCCGAAAAUCGCACCACCGGUUAAGCUUCGGGACAUACCAAGUGUUAGUCUCGGCGAGAGUAGCUUUUUACCGAAAGAUUUAGGAUAUCCUGAGGUUCCGUCUUUGCAUAGUCUAUUAACCCAGAAUGCUAGUCCAAUUUUGACUCAUAGAGAAGAGCGACUAAUUGCUAAAGAUGUGACUUCCUUCGAACCAAAUUUCCCGUUCUCUAGUGGUACAUCUGAUCCCACAAACUGUGGUGUCAGUUACUGCGAAAUCAGAAAAGAAAUUACAAUGGGUCAGAACGAUUAUAUUCCUCCAAACUUUUUGGAGCGAGUGACGGCUGCCACUCUAGCUAAAGUCGAGGAGAAAACGCACUCUGACCCGGUUGGCCUAUUUCCAAACUUUUCAGAAGAACCCAGAGUUGAUUCCAGACGGUCUUCUUUUGACCACAUUCCCUAUGAUAGCGAAUACGAUGAAGAUGAAGACUUUGAUGAUUAUCUUGAAGGUCACCCCGUUCGAAAACCUGUUUCGAAAAAAGAUCAUCACUCAGCCAUUGAAGUAAGGGAGUUAGUUACAAAGAUCAGCGAAGUUUCAAGUAAGCCGGUCUUAGAUCCUCUGCCCAAAAACGUAGAAGUUGUUCCUCAUUCUGCAGCAACACCAUUAGGAGCUAUGGGGCUGCCACACCACCCAAAAAGCAAUUUUGUUCCAAGCUUCACCACAGCACCCCAGCCGCUGGGGCUCAGCGCCCUCAACGGCAAACGACUGCUCGUCAAGAUCGUUAAAGCCACUGGUGUCGGCUGCAACAAAAGCUCAGUGAACGCUUACGUGAUUGUGGAAAUGGACGAGCCUAAUCAGAAAUUCACGACCGCGACCAUCAAAGAAACGGACUCGCCUUUUUGGGAUGAGCAAUUUUUGUUUGAGCUAAGUGACAUGACGCUGGAGCUUCUGUUCGAGCUGUACGACGAGUGCGACAACAGCUUCCUCGGUCUGGGCAUCGUGGGCAUCGAGGAGCUCGUAGCUACGCCCUCGCAGCGCCAGAUCAUCCCCCUACAGGCCAGGCCCUACGAGGACGACGCUGUCUCCGGCACCCUCACUGUCGAGUUCCUUUUUUUGGACGGCGGAGACUUGCCAGACCUGACCGUGCGCUGCAGUAAAGUCCAGCAGAGCAUCAGUCCACAAGGGGAACGCGUCAAGACCACAACCACCACCUACACUAAACUGCCUCUCGCCACUGAGACGAUGGUUAACGGCCACGACAGCGUGACGGCCUCAGCGUUGCGAGGGCUGGAGCAGACCUCCACGGCUGCCACACAGCCUGUCACGGCCAACGCAAAGUCUACAGUCAUCAUACACGCCUCGAAAAAGGAACCAGCAAAGAAAUUAAUACAGGUAUCUCGCUUGCCCGGAGGGGAGUAUUCAGAGCGAGAAGAUUCCUACUCCCAGUUUGACGAAGAGCCGAUGUUAGACGAGCCUGAAGAAGGCACCGAUUCAGACGACAACUACGUCGUCAACACACUUCAGUAUCCUUUCCCCACCACCGGUUCCUCGUCACUGCCACCCACCAAAGCCUCGUCCGUGGUGGAGACUUCGUCGGCCGCCUCUACUGCAGCGGCUGCCAGAGAGUCGCCCUACGGUCACUCGGCCGACACUGGCGACGAAAACAUAGAAUUAGAAGAUGAUGGGCGAGGGCGCAGCAGAAACAAGCCCAAGAAGGAAUCGUUUUUUGGCACACUGAAGAAAAGGUUUAGUCGCUCCAAGGUCCGGUCUCAGAGUAUGGAACCUUCGUCCCAGCGGGCGAAGAGAGGGCGGUCUCCCCCCAACGACGCGCCCCGCACAGCGACCGUGGGACGCUCCGUCAGCAUGGAGCGCUCAGCCAAACUCAGGCCCACGGAACCUAAGGAGGAAAAAAGAAAAAGCCUCCCAACUCAGAACUCUUCUCCUCAGUCGAGCUCCGAACAUCACUCCACAAGUCCUUCCCACUACUUGUAUCUACUGCACCGACAAGGUUUGUUGUCAGUGCCUAAGCGCGGCAGCCGUGAGCCCGCGGAGCUGAGAAGCGACACAGGGUCGGCCCGGUCCUCGCUGAGCGAGACCUCAGGCUUGAGCAGCUCUUCUACACGCACCUACGUCAACGAGGCCUCCAUGCUUAUCAUUGAGGCGCUCGAGAAUGGCGUACUGAGGCACUACUUGGUACCAGUAUCGCUACAGCAGCGCAAUAGGUGGCGUAAAAGAGGCACCAAACUACACGUCUUCUGCGCCCACACCUUCGUCGCGAAACACAUCUCCAGCUCGCUGAACUGCGCGGUGUGUGAGCGCAGUUUCAACCGUCGUCUGGGCAAGCAGGGCUACGAGUGCCGGGACUGCGGGCUCAAGUGCCACAAGCCGUGCCAUGUCAGGACAGAGCUGCAGUGCCCGGCCUCUACCGUCAACGACAUGGACUUAGAGUACAUCAGGGACCCGAGGGAAGAGAGGAAACAGAAAAACCAAAAACUUUGACGGAACAACUUGACUUAGCUGGAUAUUUUUACGUGAAGGUUUACGUUGUCUUCUGUCUCCUUAGAACAGAAAUUGUUUGUUUAUGUACUUGUCAUGCUGUGCCGAGUCUAUCCACCAAAUUUUAUAGAAAAAUAAUUUUGUGUUGUUUGAUACCUCCGUUUGAAACGGUCUACGAAAUCACUAUAGGAAAAAAAUUCUUCAGACACAUUUCGUUUCCUGCUCUGAUAAUGGAAUGAAAAUGUUAUCGUAAGUGCUUUUCGUGUGUGGUUGUUGGCUGCUUUUUUAAUUAUCCUGUGAUUAAAGCGAGGAAAGAAUUAAGUGAAAGAAAAUAUUAGCUACAUUGCUAGAACAACUAAAUAGAAAUUAUUUGUUGCCAAAUAAAUUAGCAACAGUCUUUCAAAACUCCAUAGAAGAUGCCUCUUAAAGCUAUAAUAGUGUACGUUUAUGUGCCAUAUUCUAAUGCUAGUGUCGCAAUACUACUGAAAAUGGAUUUAUGUACUUAUUAACCAUGAUAAAAUGUAAUCAUAUAUAGUUACAUGCCAUCCAGUUAUAAGUGACAACAAGUAACCAAUCUCGUACCUAACCUGAUUGCUUGAUUGUUCAGCUCCUCAAAGACCAACUGUAGAUAGUCUGCUUAACGAUUUAUUUUUCAGCGUGAUUACUCAGUUUAAUGUUCUACUUAAAAUCCACCUGUCACAAUCCAACGGAUUACUCACAAGCUAUUCUUUAUCUCUUCAUAAAGCAAAGAGUAGAGAAAAUUUUAUUCGCUGCUGCGUUUCAUUUUUUCGCAUUCAGGCAAUGGACGAUUUAAAAAAUAAUAUUUUAUACCGAAAAGAUUACUUGCUACAACCAAAGUUUUGAAUUAUGACGAUCUGAAUCGUCGGUUGUUAAAUUGACGAAGAACUUGAAUUUAAAACUACACAUAUAUGUUUGAAACUCAUUUUUAUGUUUAAAACUCAUUUUAUGUUUAAAACUCAUUUUAUGUUUAAAACUUCAAUGUUAUGAUAGACACAAUUGACUUUCAACGAACAAAUCAAGUCGCAUGUAAUGACCCUGCCUUAUACUGUACAUCGUGUUUUUUAACCACAUGAAAAAUAUCAUGUACUCUCAAGAUUUUUAGCCUAUUUUGCGAAACUUAGUUUACUUUUAACCAGGAAAAAUGUUUGUUUCAUUUGUUUUCUACCACUACCGCGGAGGGACAAGAACGAAUGGCAGCAGGAGUGGCAGCUUGUAUCGUUACGAUCUUGAAUGACAUGUUUUGAAAUAUAUUUUUUUCGGACGAUCCAUGUAUUGAUGACAAUGAUGUUAUUGUCUAAAUUAAGGUUUAAUUCAUAACAUCCCCACUUUGGACAUCCUAAUUGCUUUUCAAUAUUACAAAUUCAACGUUAAAACGCAUGCUUUCGAAAAUAUAAAGCUCGUGACAAGUCUUCGUUGUCGCAAGUAAUAAAUUCUCUAUAGCAAAGUCACGAUUUUAUUACAUGUAAUGUAAUAUUACAGUUUCUCAGUGUAACUGUAAAUUUAUUGUUUCUACUGCCUUUUAUAGUGCCUAUGCUUCGUAUAACUAGCCUGUGCUUUAUUGCCUUCCCGUGAAAUGUUUGAAUGUUGCCAAGUGUAAGUGUUAAGCUUUACUAUUUUUAUCACCUAUGCAAUCAAAGGAUUUGUUGAUGUUCGCUCGUGUACUUAAGAAAUAAUGACAAGAACUUAUGCUUAUUCAGUUGCAUAAAUAAAAUUUUUCACUUAU